GAGAAGAAGAAGAAGAAGGUGAAGAAAGCGGCUUUAAGCAGCCUCGUCUCUUGACUUAUUACAGUUGAAAACAGAAUCAUAAAACCCUGAAACACCUCUAUCUUUUAUAGUAGUAAUUAAGCUAGUGGAAAGGAAAAAAGGAAAAGAGCAAGAAGAAGAAGCAUAGAUAAGAUGGAUCCACCAUGAGCAUGACCACCUUACAUUUACUCUCUUUUUCCUGAUUAAAGCAAAAGCUUUCUUUUUUAACCUCACUAAACUUUAUCAAAUCAACCAAUCCAAUAUAUUAUUCUUGGCCAAUCCCCAUAUUAUAUAUAUAAAAACACCUCCGAAUCUACAAGCAAAGUAGAACCCAUUUUUCUUUUCUUUUUCUUACUCUGCCUUGCGAACGGUUUCACGCUCCCCUUUUUAUAAUUCCUUUGCAAUCUAAACAUAAUGUUCCUUUCUUCUUUCUCUUAUUUUAUGGGGGUUUUCUUUUGUCUUCACUCCUUAAAAUGGAAUUCCUAAAAGAUGGAUUCUAUAUUUUUGGCUUAAUUCAUGUUGUAGACGCCUGCAUUCUUCAUGGAAUUCGUUUUUAGCAAAUGGGUAUUGGCAGUUUCACUAACUUUUUGGGCUAUUUCAUACGGAGCAUACUCAGUGGAGGGACUAAGAGGAGGUUCUAAAGUCAGAGGAGUAAAUUUAGGAGGUUGGCUGGUUGUCGAAGGUUGGAUUAAACCUUCAUUGUUUGAUGGCAUUCCGAAUGGAGAUAUGCUUGAUGGAACAGAAGUUCAAUUCAAGUCAUUGACAAUGCAGAAGUAUAUGUCUGCAGAGAAUGGGGGUGGAAUGGGUGUUACUGUGGAUAGAGAUGCUGCUUCUUCAUGGGAAACCUUUAGGUUAUGGAGAGUCUCUGCAUCAGAAUUCCAGCUCCGUACCUCUCAAGGCCAGUUUCUAGCAUGUGAUGGUGUGGCUUGCUCUAUCUCUGCAACAGCAAACUCAUCUUCAGCAGGGAAAACAUUUUAUAUUGAGAGAAAUAGCAACAACAGAGUGCACAUAAAACUUGCUAGUGGAGCCUACUUACAGGCUACAACAGGAAAUCAGCUCACAGCAGAUUAUUCAGGGAAACCAGGAUGGGAGGAUAAUGCAGCCACAUUUGAAAUGACUAUUGUAGCAAAUAACUUGCAUGGAGAUUUCCAGCUAGCAAAUGGCUAUGGAUAUAGUAAGGCAAAAGAGGUUCUUAAGAAACACAGAAAUAGUUUUAUUACAAUGGAAGAUUUCAAGUUUUUGUAUAGGCAUGGGAUAAAUGCUGUGAGGAUCCCUGUUGGUUGGUGGAUUGCUUUUGAUCCUGACCCUCCAGCUCCAUUUAUAGGAGGAUCCUUGGAAGCUCUAGAUAAUGCAUUCUCAUGGGCACAAGCCUAUGGUAUAAAAUGCAUCAUUGACCUACAUGCUGCUCCUGGCUCUCAAAAUGGGAUGGAACAUAGUGCCAGUAGAGAUGGCACAACAGGCUGGCCUACUUUAGAUUAUAUCUCACAAACUUUGGAUGUUAUAGACUUUCUAGCUUCAAGGUAUGCAAAACAUCCUGCCUUGCUAGGAUUCGAGCUUUUAAAUGAACCUUCUGCUGCCUCAGUUCCUUUGGAAGUUUUACUUCCAUAUUACAAACAAGGCUACCAAAUUGUUCGAAAAUACUCGCCAACAGCUUAUGUAAUCAUGUGUCAAAGAAUUGGCAAUGCUGAUCCUCUGGAACUUUACCAGGCUAAUAUAGGCUCUUAUAAUGUAGUAGUUGAUUUGCAUUACUACAAUCUUUUUGACCCUUUUUUUGUUAAUAUGAGCUCGGCGGAUAAUAUCCAAUUUAUAUACAAUAGCAGGCAAACUCAAUUACGGGCUCUGAGCAAUGCAAAUGGGCCACUUGUUUUUAUCGGGGAAUGGGUGAACGAAUGGAAUGUGACAGGUGGAUCUCAGAUAGAUUAUCAAAAAUUUGGAAGGGCCCAACUUGAGGUUUAUGAUGCUGCUUCCUUUGGAUGGGCAUAUUGGACUAUCAAAAAUGAUAGGAAGCACUGGGAUUUUGAAUGGAACAUUAGGAAUCAUUAUCUGCAAUUUGGUAAUUCACCAGCCAAACCAAUUUUCAACAGUGUAGUAUUGCUUGGAUUAGUCUCUACUUGCUUCUUUCUGCAUCCCAUAUUCUAGCGGAUUUCAGAAUAGCAGAGAUAAAGAGGAAAAUCAACCAGCGGCUUUUUUUUUUCUUUUCCUUUUCCUUUUCCUUUUUCUCCUUUCUUUCCAGGAAUUUCCCAUAUCCAGCAUCUAAAAUUUCAUUCAUAUUGCGGAAUUGCAGGCUCAAUAAAUAUUUUUUAGAACAGAGUGUUGUUAUAGCAAAUGUCAUUAGUCUUGUAAACAUGGAAGCUACAUUUAUUAUGCUUAUCCUCAAUAAUAUACAAAGAAUAUGUUUUCCUAA